GCUGAAUCAGUGUUUUGCUUGAUUUUAGUCGGCGAAGAAGUUUGCGAUUUUUCUUGAUUUUGACUGCGGUUCGUGAGAAAAGCGGAACGUGUUUCUAGUUUUUUUGCUUUCCGGGCAGAACAGCAACUGGAACGAUGGAGAUUAAAUUGACGCUGAUUGCCGUUGUUGUUUGCAUGCUCGCUACGGCUGUGCUGGGGCAGUUGGAGGUACAAAAGUGCAAGAAUGGAGCCGUUCCGAAUAAACUGGUGAUCGAAGGAUGCUCCAAGGCGCCUUGUCAGAUAGUUAAUGGGCAGAACCUGCGGUUCCAGGCAGAGUUUACCAAUCCUUCGGCCACCAAAACCCUGACCGCAAAAGUUAUCGCCCGGGUCGCCGGCCUGGUCAUCCCGUACGAGCUUCCCGAAGAGCACCGCGACGGCUGCAAGAAGCUGACCAACGCCAAAUGCCCCCUGGCCGCGAAUCAAAGCGUCGAGGCAGCCGGCGAUGUCCCCGUGGAGUCACCGAUUUCCAACGUUAAAGCCAACAUCGAAUUUCAACUGCACUCGGAGUCGGGCGUUGCGGUGUGCUUCAAGAUUGACGUCAAAAUUGUGAAGCAAUAAAAAUUCGGGUCCUGAACGCAACCCCUCUACCCAAGCAGCAGCAGCAUCGGAGUUUGACUAUUAUGGGAAAAACUGCGAUCGUUCGGCUAGCUAGCGGCGAGGGGAAGAGGGAAGCAGUUUCAGGAUCCCCAUGAAACGAUAAAAUUGCUUGUCUGCUGGGGAGCCAU